AUGGCUCCCCUGUGCCCCAGUCCCCGGCUCCCUCUGUGGAUCCCGGCCCCUUCUCCAGGCCCUGCUGUGCAGCUGCUGCUGGUACUGCUGCUCCUGGUGCCCGCCCAGCCCCAGAGCCUGUCCCGGAUGCAGGGGUCGGCCGGGCUGGGAGGAGAUUCAUCUGGGGAAGAUGAUCAGCUGGAUGAGGAAAACCUACCCAGUGAAGAGGACCCACCAGGAGAGGAGGGCCCACCUGGAGAGGAGGACCCACCUGGAGAGGAGGGCCCACCUGGAGAGGAGGACCCACCUGGAGAGGAGGACCCACCUGGAGAGGAGGACCCAUCUGGAAUGAAGACUGAACCAGGAAAAGAGGACUCUCUGAAGUUAGAGGAUCUGCCUACUGUUGAGGCACCCAGGGACCCCCCAGGCUCCCAGAAUAAUGCCCACAGGCACAACAAAGGGGAUGACCACGGUCAUUGGCGCUAUGGAGGCGACCCGCCCUGGCCCCAGGUGUCCCCAGCUUGUGCAGGCCGCUUCCAAUCGCCGGUAGAUAUCCGCCCAGAGCUCGCAGUAUUUUGUCCGGCCCUGCAACCCCUGGAACUCCUGGGCUUUGAGCUCCCGCCACUCCCAGAACUGCGCUUGCGCAACAAUGGCCACACGGUGCAGCUGAUUCUGCCUCCGGGGCUGGAGAUGGCCCUGGGCCCCGGGCGGGAGUACCGGGCCCUGCAGUUGCAUCUGCACUGGGGGGCUGCGGGUCGCCCGGGCUCGGAGCACACGGUUGACGGCCACCGUUUCCCAGCCGAGAUCCAUGUGGUUCACCUCAGCACUGCAUUUGCCAAAGUUGAUGAGGCCUUGGGACGCCCGGGGGGGCUGGCCGUGUUGGCCGCCUUUCUGCAGGAGGGCCCAGAAGAAAACAGUGCCUACGAGCAGUUGCUGUCACAUUUGGAAGAAAUCACUGAGGAAGACUCGGAGACUUGGGUCCCAGGACUGGAUGUAUCUGCACUGCUGCCUGCUGACCUCAGCCGCUACUUCCGCUAUGAGGGGUCUCUAACCACACCCCCCUGUGCCCAGGGGGUCAUCUGGACUGUGUUCAACCAGACAGUGAGGCUGAGCGCUAAGCAGCUCCACACCCUGUCUGGCUCCCUGUGGGGACCUGAUGACUCUCGGCUACAGCUGAACUUCCGAGCCACGCAGCCUUUGAAUGGGCGAAUGAUCGAGGCCUCCUUCCCCACUGAAGUGGAGAGCAGCCCCAGGACUGUUGAGCCAGUCCACCUGAAUUCCUGCCUUGCUGCUGGUGACAUCCUGGCCCUGGUUUUCGGCCUCCUCUUUGCAGCCACCAGCACCGCCUUCCUUGUGCAAAUGAGAAGGCAGCAAAGACUCCGAAGGGGGACCAAAGGCAAUGUUAGCUACCACCCAGCAGAGGUCACGGAGACGGUUGCCUAGAGGCCCUGGAACUUGGGAGAAUGUGCAGAGAAGCCAGCCCGAAGAAUCUGAGGGCGAGCUGGAGAUUUUGUCCUGUCCUACCCUUUAUAACCACUUCCUUUUUUAGGUCCAAAUAUUUUUUUAAAUAAAUGUUUCUAAUAAAAUAUAUGGAAGGCAGCUUUGUUCCC